CUUUUACUCAACACCAUGAUAACGAUGAACAUAAAAGUGUGAAUUCAACGCGUAUUCGCUGCAUAUAUCUUGAGAUACUUUUUCUUCGAAAGUUUGGUUUAGCGAAAGUAUUAUAUAUUAAGUUCAUACAUUAAACUUUGGCGACAUUUCAAACUCAAUGAAAAGACAUAAGUUAGAUUCACGCUAUUGUUGGUGUUGAUUACAUUUUUGACAUGCGCUUAUUGUCAUUAGCUUUAACAAGUCUUCAUGCUUGUUCCGUGGUGCUCAGCAGUUAUGAAGAAUAUGUUAUAUUACCUGUCAAUUCUGAUUAUUGUCAAGAUCAUAGUGUUUUCAGAAGGUUUUCGCUUUCUCGACAGAUGAGUUUCGUAACUGGUGUCUAUAAUUCGUCAUGGAACAAUCUGCUUUAUGCCUGUAAAAUUAAAGUGCAUCCAAAUGGAAGACUGCUGCAUUAUUCCUAUCCUGAAGGUCAUACAUCAUAUUGGUUUCACAGACUUAGAAUUUCUAUCAAUUUUACUACCUGUAAGGAUUUUUUAACUGUUGGAUUUAUACCUGAAGAAAUUACACAACCAUCGUUGUUACCAUAUGAAAUAAAUGUGACUUGUUCAUCGAUAUUCCCACAAAUUAUUGAUUCCAAGCACCGUAUUGUAUCAUUGAUCUGGCAUACGGAAUCUGGUUCAGUUGAUGAAGUGAAAUCUCAACUAGAUGUUCAAAUGUCAGCAUAUAUGCGGUUCGAAGGAAGUUUCAGUCUUUUGGAUAAAAUGCGUCGAUGUGAAGUAGGUUCAGGAUUUUGGUGUGGGAAUGAAACUGCUGUCUGUGUUUAUGGUCAAAUGCGUUGUGAUCAAGCAGAUGGUUGUUUUGAUGGUGGAACAGAUGAAAUCGGUUGUCCACCUAUUCGUAAUUACACAUAUAUUCAACCAAGACGUCCAAUGAAUAGCUGGUCAGUAUAUCUACCAUGGACAGCACUGGGAAUAAUUCCUUUGAUACUUAUCUUCGCUUUGGGACUCAUAUGUGCACCACGUAAAUCUCUGGAUGGAAUUGAUGAUGAUGAAAGUCAAGAAGAAGAAGGUUUAAAAACAGUUUUUUCACCAAUGACAUCUUCUUCAGCAGCUUCACCUAGUUUAUCUGAAUCUAGUUCACCUAGAUCAAUACAAUCUAUAGCUGUUUGUUCAGCUGGAGAAAAGAUGAUUGUUUGUGAUUCUGAAUUGACUCGAUCACUUUCACAUCCAGGUUUAUCUGAUCCUAUUCAUGAAACAAUUGGAAUUAAUACAAUUCAAAAAAAACAAUCAUAUCUUCUUGGUUCUAAACUUGAUAGUGAUGAAGAAGAUAGUCGUAUAUAUCAUCAAAGAAGAAGGCUUAAUUAUAAUCCAAACAGUUAUGAAUUAUCUGUAGAUGAUAAUAUACAUAAACAGAAUUGUACAAAAGAAAAUUCAGUUGCUUAUUCUAAUGAACUUCUCAAACCAUCAAAAUCUAGAGCUGUUACAUUUCAGUUACCUCACAACUAUGAACAAGAAUCACUUACAGAUUUAUACCAGGAUACAAAAAAUGUGGAUCCGAAUAAUAAGCAAGCUAAUGGAAGCCAUGUAAUUGAAACUUACCAACAGAAAGAACAAUCAUCAGGCCUUGGUUAUACAACCCAACAAACCAAAUCGAAAUCAAAACGACCUGAUAGUCGAGCAAUACCAGCCAGCUUUGAAAUGGCUGCUUUAAGAGUAAGAAUGAUAAAUGAUGAGACAGAGAAUAAGACAAAUCGUAAUUCUGAUCCAAAUUCUACGAAUCGUAACACUUGUUCUUCAAAGACAUCGAACAAUUCAACUUUACAAAACAACUCUCAGAUGCAUUCAUCUUGUCAAUCACAAAACAAUAUAAAUCAUUUCGUCAACAAUACAAAUAACUUUGAUCAAUCUCAGUCUACUUCAUGGGAAAGUGAUAUAGAAGAUGUAACACCAUUCGGACGUGUCAACACCGCUUUGUCAACUGAUAACCAUUCAAAGUUAAAUGGUGUACAAUUUCACCCUACAAAUACAGGACCUAAUUAUAUAACAAAACAAAAUCAAUCUGACCAAAAACAUCCAUUAUUGUCAUCUGAGAAUUCUAAUCGAAAAGCUUCAAUUAUUGUAACAACUAAAGAUCCAUUAUUGACAAGUGAACAGUAUAAUUCUGAUUAUUUAUUACUAUAACUGGAAUCAGUGUACAUACUAAUGUGUAAUACUUUACUCAUUAAUAUUGAUGUCUUCACUCAUGUUUUACAAUUUUUACUAAUACCAUGACUAUACAACUUCAUACCCCUUCCAUGCUGACAAUAUACAUUAAAUGUUUAUAAUUUCAGCUUUCAACAGUAGACAGUUCACUAGUAUAAAACUUCAUACUAAAUGAUAAAUGUCUCCAGGUGAAUACACUAAAAAAAACAACUCUGGCAUACAUUAAUGUAUACCUAAAUUAAGUAAUCUUUUCAAUUUCUGUUUCUUCUUCUGAGCUAUCUUUGUUUUGUUUUUGUUUUUUUUAAUUUUCACAUACUGAUUACAUUCAUUCUAUUGAAACUAUUUUUCAGAUUUUUAUAAAUAAUAAAAUAAUUAACAAUAUCUUCUUUUAUGAAAUUAGUUUAUUCCACUGUAUGCACUAUAUAACUCUGAUAAUAACAACCAACAUACAAAUUCCUAGAACAAUUGAAUUAUUUACAACUCGAUGUAUACCUUCAUAAUGAAGAGUGAUAUCUAUGAAAGAAAAUAUACGUGUUAUGCACUAUUGUAUAGACAAACAUAUCAAAUUAAAAUACGAUCUGGUAUUACAUGUAAAACUUUAGAUCAAUACAUUGAUGUACAGUUUAGAAAAGGUAAGACGGAGGGAGAAAUGAAGUAAUCCCUAACAACAAUGGAUCAAAGACACUGAAAGUUAAAAAAGAAAAUAAUCAUGACGAUAAGAUUUUUCAAACAUUAGUUGAAGAGAAAUCUAUAGCCAUGCAUCGUUUUCUCAGAUUAAAUCAAUAUCAACAUACAAUAAGGCAUAAAUACGUAACUAUCCAAGUUGCUACACCUCAUAUCAAUACAACAUGUAACAGAGUAGUAGGAUGAAAGAUGAAGAAAGAAACAAAAGUCGGUCAAAUCCAAAAGGAAACAGGAAUGAGAUGCUGAAUUCAGUAUGUCGGUUAUGAUGAAGAUAAGGUGUGGGUACAUCUUAACCACUCAGAUCGGUUCUGAGACAAUAUCACCUAAAGUCUCCAACCAUUGGUUUCUAUUGUUAUGUGGACUCCAACUGGCUAGUCUGAAUCUCCCUACCUCUCUCAAAUUAACAGUGAAAGAUUUCAUGAAAUGAUCUGAUGUUUCAUUCUAGUCGCUCCAGCCUGAACAACACUAUACCACGAGGCAAACGGUGACUAGACAUGUGUAGCACAUGUCCCAGACAUCUCAGUCGGUGAAGGUUCACAACCACAUUAACUGACUUUCCUCUUCUCCUGAAAACGUUACACCUGAUUUCUAUGCUACUCACAUGGUAACACAACACAUGGCCUAUGCUAUGAAGGCAAUGGUGAUCAAACACCUGAAACCUUCUCAUACCGUCUACAAUUAAUGGUCAUGUUUCACAACUGUAGAUCAGUUCACUUGACCCUUAAAAUCGACAACGGGAUAUCGCAGUGGCGCAAUAGAUAGCGUAAGUUGGCGAAAGCCAAUUGAGUCCUUUGUAUCCUUUCAGUGAUUUCAUUGGGCACUCAACAACCAGGGUUGAUCAGAUUCACUCAAUCCUAUAGCAUGAAUAAACAGAUUUCAGCCAAUGAAUAAAUGUAAAAUCCCGCUAAUUGUAACUGAUCUAUGUGUCAAAACAUUGAAAGACAAUAAGAACCCAAUAUGAUAAAACAUAGUAUAAUUACGAACAAUUCAUCGAAUAUGAACAUCAAUAAACCAAUAAAGGAAACAGUCAGCACAAAAUGCAUCAUUCAACAUGACAUACUAAGAUGGGGGAGUAAUAACUAUUCUGAUUGGUUACCAAUGUUGUAAGGCAUAUUUUCAAAUGAACAUGCCGGAUUUACACAGCAGCUCUAAUAUAUACCAUCUAAAGCUCUGCUGGACAGUAUGACUAUAAUUUUAAUCGUCAAAAGAUAUUUAUCAAUACCCGGUGGUAAACACAAUUCCAACUUUAGAAAACACAAAGUUAUACGAAACUUUUAUGAAUUAUGCGUUUACUUUCUUCUAGUGAAAGAUGAACAAAUAUGAGUAAAAUUGUGUUAGCAUCAACAAAAUAUAAGUAGGACUGCACAAAUUCCAUACACAAUAAUGACAAGAGAUCACAUAACAACAUGUUACUUUGUUUGUUUGUUUUUCUUUUUAGAAAAAAAAAUCACAAAGUAAUCAAUAUCAAAAUAAACAACAAACCAUUGAAAAUUGAAAGAUACAAAAUUCAAUGAAUACGCAGAAGUGAAUAUGCAUAC